UUUUUUGACUAAUAAAAUUAAAGUUAAUAAAUCUCGCAAUACUUUUAAGGGAGGAGCAAUCGGAGUUUCGGGGAGGAGCAUAGGUUGCGGAUUAGGGUUUCGUUUGGGGAAUGCCGGUGGGGGGAAGUGGAAGGCAGAGAGGGAUGUCCAGGAGAAGAGAAACAGGAGGGCGAGGCGAACUCGAACCCGAAUCCUAAUCAUAGUUAUUUUGAUCCGAAAGGCUGGUAGGGUGAUGGCGGAGGUGGAGGAGGAGGGGACGAAAGGGGUGGCCGAGGGGGUGGCGGUGCUGGACUUCGACAUGCUCUGCGCCACCGUGGCGCUCCAGACGCAGGGGGUCUCGGAGAAGAGGAGGAAGGGGGUGGCGGAGGCGGAUGAGGAGGAGCGAGUGGAGGGAGGUGAGUUUGGUGGGGUGCAGCGGAUGUGGGAGGGAGAUGUUCUCGAUUGCAUGGAGGAUCGGCGGAUCGCGAUCGAGGCCGUAUGUUGCCCGUGCUAUAGAUUUGGGAAGAACAUGCGGAGAGCCAAUCUUGGGUCUUGUUUUCUUCAGGGAACUGUCUAUUUUGUUCUUGCACUUCUUGUACUAUCCAACUUCAUUGCUUUUGGCAUGACCAAGCAGCAUAGCUUUCUAUUUAUUGGAGUUGCUUCUGCUAUCUCAUUUGGAAUAUAUCUGGGUUAUUUUCGGACAAGGAUGGGAAAGCAGUUUAACAUAAGGGGCAGCGCCAGUUAUUUAGAUGACUGCGUUAACCACCUCAUCUGCCCCUGCUGUACAUUAUGCCAGGAGUCCAGAACCCUGGAGAUGAACAAUGUCCAAGAUGGUGUGUGGCAUGGCCGGGGUGAUACUAUAUGCUUAGGCAGUGGUGGUGAAGGAAGCAAGGCAUUUAUUACUCUCCAUAAGCCUCCUUUGAUACCAACCAGGUCCCCCGAGCUCUGUAGCAUGGAAGGAACAUCAGACAGUGGUGAGCACUCAUGGAUCACAGAUGGUACGCAUUCAGAACCUUUGGUACCAUCACCACAACUGGAACAGCAUUGUUGAAAUCUAAGCUACCUAGCUAUACAGCAUGAUCAGCCGAGUGUGCCAGCCCAGAGAAGCUAUCUAUUGUUGUAAAAUUAUGAUCCAUCGAAUGCCAACUGUUGGGUUGCAGGUUUUAUGAUGGUAACCAGCCUAGGCUUUGGUUUCUCGAUCUCAAGAAGAUUUUAAUCUGCAUCAAUGGUGUGAAACAGCCAUUGUAAGAAACAUGAUUAGUCCAGACUCAAAAUCAGUUGGCUAGCAGUGGAUUUAUAACUGGGAAGGGCAAAACCAGACCUCUAUGUAUGUAAUUGUGGGGAGCUGUAUCAUCUAAACGCAACUGAAUUGUAAAGAUUUUAUUCAGCCUAUUUUUUGCAACACUUUUCUUUCAACCAUAGCUUAGAUCAAUUUUAUCACCUGUUUGCCAUCCUUUUAACUGAUUUUUGCGGGAUUGUAUAAGAAGAUUUGCCCAAGCUUUGCUGCGCUCGCCAUCAGACUUCACUCGAGCUAGCUUAUUUUCAUUUGAUCUAGUAGCUGGAAGCUGUGGCAAGACGAUAACAUUGUUAUCUGUAGUAGUCUACUUUGUAUAUGUACAUCCAUGUAAGAGUUCUCUCUUUUUGAAUUUUAGGUAGCCUCGGACCAUUUCAAUGA